AUGAAUAUAAACCGACUUAUCUCACGGCGCGACAAGGAUGGAAGCGCCCACAGGCGAGUGAAAUCGAGGGACAAGGGCACAGAGAAGAAGUCGCCCAUCAUUCAUGGUGAAGGAGGACUCAUCUCCAUAUUCAAACCGAGCUAUCCGCAACAGAAGCUCGAUAAGGACAAGGCGAAAGAGUUCAAGGAAAAGGUAUCAGCGAUCAAGAAACGCUUGAAGGAAGAAGGAUGCACGAGCUUGUCAGACGAAAAUAUCGACUUUGUCCUAGGAUGUCAAAACACCAAAGGCAGCGUAGAGAAAUCAAUGGAAUUGUUGAGGAUAUUCCAGGAAUCACUCCACUUCCAGAUUGUCCCUUUCAACCCGGAUGUUUACCUCAGAGGGGCGGUGAAUCGAGAAUUCGUCACUUGCUAUAUCGACUCGCUGCUGUUCGCCAUAUUUGCGAAGCUACCUAAUUAUGAGGAUAUACUGCUCCAGCGGUUUCAGGAUGAGCCUAGAAAUCGACUUUCAGCCAUACUUCGGGUGUAUGUUAAUAUGCUCAGGCGUGGGGUCUUGAUCGAAGCCGACAUUACGGAACAACUGCAGGUUGCUAUGGCCGACUGUGGAUGGGAAAAUGCUCGCACCACACAGCAGCAGGAUGUCGCUGAGGCUUUCUGUCAUCUGGCAGACAUUCUUGGAAUGCCAUUGUUGAGGAUGGAGAUGCAUUUGUAUCACGGUGCGAAAGAAGGCGACCCCGAUGAUCAUAAAUUUGUCGAGGAGCGACUCCUCAACAUCGCAAUUCCCGACCACCUGCCCCCAGGGCGAACGUGUUGGAAAUUGGAAGAGAUCAUGGAAGCCUAUUUCACCAGCCCUAUACAUGUCACUCGACCUCUAGAACGCUCUGUGACCAAAUCAUCUCUCCAAAUCGCCAACUCCCACUACGAUGAACAGGGAGAGGCAUCUACUCUGCCUCAAAUCAACUUUCCAGACCAUCCAUUUUCCUGGUCGACACCUGAUAACCCCGUCACUCCCGCUACACCACGGACCUCCAAUAGUCGCGACCGCUCAACCAGCAUAAUAUGGGCUCGAGUUCAACCUCCAGACAAGAAACCGGAAGAUAGCCCACAGAGUUCGACCAUUGACUUCCUCAACAUGAAGACUGAUACUAUGCUCGGGCCUGAAAGUAUUGAUUCCGGCAAAAGCUUUUCAACACCCUUGGUACGCAACGACUCGGUGCGGAAAGAAGCUUCCGUGGAAGCAUGGCAAUCGUUCACAAUAAAACAUGAAAACCCCUCUUCAGAAUCAACACUUCCCAAUAGUGAACCAAUCGACAACAACCCCCUGAUUGGUGUUUGCCUGAAGAGAUAUGGAUUUGACGAGAAAGGUCCUAAGCGAAACGGCAUUCCCGUCGACAUUCCUUUAGAAAUUCGGAUUCCCCACUUCACUAGUAGUGAGGGGGGAGUGGAAGAGGAUGUCAAGCUUUCGCUACAGUCAUUCGUAUGUCACCAAGGCGAUCGGAUCGACUCAGGGCAUUAUAUCUCAUACACACGAGGCACAGCCCCGAUAGUGGACGGAGACUAUAAAUCAGAUCGGAAGCUCGUCAACGCAAAUCGACCACCUGGCUACUCCGAAGAACGCUGGAUCAGGUUCAAUGAUUUGGCAAAACCUCGUAUCGAAAAUGUGGACGUCAGGGAAGCAUUGGGGACAGAGAUGCCGUACCUCCUGUUUUACCAGCUCCAGUCAUACAAAACUGUUACCCCGCCAGACCCCGAGCCACCCUCUUACCACGAAUCAAAUUUCGAAGCGAAUCUUAUAAAUUGCACCCCGCAGGAAGACCGGCCAAGCUACUUCGACAGUGCUGCAUACGAUCCUACCCUGAGUGGUCGAGUAUCCGAAGAAGUUCCUCUUUCCGACACUCCACGACACAGCCUUAAUCUCCCGGAAGGCAGCAUCGAAUCCCGUAGGGGCAGCUUACCUUCCACGGAAUACAGCCUGGCUAGUACUGCAAACAGUAUCCUAACCACCUCGCAGCCAUCAACUCCUGUCGAAGAGACCACUGCUCAGAAGGUGUCUCGCGCUGCUCAUAAGUUCACACGGGCUAACAAGACCCGAUCAACGAGUCAGUCCGAGGAUAAGUCUGUGGAGAAUCGUGUCGAGAAAAGAAUCAGCAAUACCUUCUCUCGCCUCGCCAUGAUGAAGAGCAAAGAUCAGGUGGUGACGAAGCCGGAUAAUCAAAAUCCUGAAGAGUCCACAGGGCCCAGUGACACGAUUAUCAAUCCUGCGGACGUGGAACCCCGCCGAUCCAUUGCUAUCGAGACUCCGACUGAACAGACGGAGCAUCUGAGUGAAUUCAACGCAGACGUCGGACGAUCGAGGAGCAGGAAGGGGAAGGACAAGAAGAGAGAAAAGAGUAAGGGACCUAGCGAGAGGUCAGAGGGUCAUUAUUACGGGCACUACAAGGAGAAGGUGCAGGAUAGAGAGUGUACGAUUAUGUAG